GCAAAAAAAGAAAAAAAAAAAAAAAAAGGAAAAUAAGUUAAAUUCAAAUCCCUCUGCCAAACAACAUUUAAUGAAGAAUUUGGUAGAAAAUUCAGUGACUGAAUUGUUAAACAGAGCAAAACGCCAAUGCGAAGAAGCGGCCAUGGCGUCGGCAUUUCGCUCUGCAAUUCUACAGAGAGAAAGAGGAAAAAUAAAGUGAUUUUUAAAUGAAUCACGCCAUUGCCCACUUUCCCCAACCCCCCAAAAGAAAAGCUAAAGGAGAGAGUAACACAAUUCACAAAAAGUUUCUGCGUAGAUUCUCUCUCCUUCAUCUCUGCUAAAGCCAUCAUUCAACCAUUGUUUUUUUUAAUAGUAUAAUUUCUGCUUUCUUUCCCUUCAUUCCUUCCCCCUUUUCAAUUUCUACCAUUUUGUGGAAAAAAAAAGAUUGGGUUUUCAAAUUUCGCGUGUGCUCUCUCUCUCUCUGCCAUUGACUCACUUUUUCUUCCGAAAAAAGAAAGGGCAAAAACAAAACCCCCAUUUAUGAAUAUAUACUAGGAAAAGUAUUAGAUAAGUGGUCAUAGUAGUAUAUCCUGUUUCCAUAUUUCAAUUUUUUUACUGUUUUACCAUCACAUUAGCUGAUUCAAUGAUUGCAAAAAUGGGUGGUGGUGGUGGUGGUGUUGGAAUUGGAGGGGGAGGGAGAGUGGAGGUGAUAGCUGGUAAGGGGUGUUCGAGGCUGUUUGUUGAUUUUUCGUCGUCGUUUAGGGGCAUUCAACCCUUUUCAUUGGAGCCCUUGUCUCCGAAUUCCUCUGCAGUUUCUGAAUCUCCGGUUAAAUCAGUGAAAUCCAACGGACCGUUUUCUGGCCUUGUCGUUUGCGUUACCGGAUUAUCUAAAGAGACGAGGAAACAAGUCAAGGAAGCCACGGAGAGAUUGGGAGGGCAAUAUAGUCCGCAUCUCCAUCCUCAAUGCACUCACCUGGUUGUUGAAAGUUUUCAUGGACGUAAAUUUGAGCAUGCUUUGAAACAUGGAUCCACUAAUGGUCUAUUUCUGGUCACGAUUAGCUGGUUUGUGGAUAGCGUCAGAAAAAAUGUUAGGUUAAAUGAAACGCUCUACAAUGCUAACAACAUUGGAGAUAAAAGUAUCCCGAAUGACGAUUUGAAGCGGCUCGAUCAGAAUUCCGGUGCUGAAAAUUCUUGCAUUCCUAUUGGUUCGUUUCGAGAAAGGGAGACUAAAAAACAAACUGGUUCUUCAUCUUUGUCUGGUCAAACCUUUUACGUUGACCUAGAUGUCCCUGUCGAACUUCGCAAUAAGGUUGCCGAGGUCUUAUCUGCCGAAGGUGGUAGCGUGGUGGAUGAAUGGUUUGUUGGAUGCAAUGCUUCUCAUGUAGUAUGUGAAGGACCUUCUAUACGUAAAUAUCUGGGGCAUUCUAGUAAUAUUGUCACCCCAUUAUGGAUUAUAAAGUCUGCAAAAGAAAAAUCUCUGCAAAGACUCGUCCACUUAUCAGCCGAUUUGGCUAGGUAUACUGGAGCAAUGCUCGAUACUUUCCAGCAUGGUGUUUUCAGAGAGGAAGUUAACAGGGUAACCAGUUCCGUAAAUGAUCCCAGUUCUGUAAUUAAAGCAAGCCUCGAAGAACGACGAACGAGGGUAAACUUAGCUAAGGAAGGUGUUAGAAAGCGUCGGAAUCGACGAAUGCAGACAUGUCAAACUCCGAUACGUCCAAUAACUCCUAGCAGCCUUUUGGAUUCAAUUUGCUGGUCAAUAUCCGAGUCAACUUCGACUGCUUCUAUUUAUACAGAGUCUUCAAGUGUCGAAGAAGAAAACCACACACCUGUUUUCUUCGAUGGCAAGGAAUCUCAUACUUCGUUUGUCAACUUAUCUCGACCGCUUACAGAAAGCGAGAAGUCGGAGUUAAUAUUCAAAGGGAAUUUCCUCACAAUCAUGUUCCCAGUUGACCGAUUUUCGGAAAUGGGCCCAUGUUCUAGAACAUUCUUCAGCAAUAAAGGGUUCACAUGUUUGCAGGUCCUGGAUUUCAUCCACACAUUUUACCAGGAGAAUAUGUCGGCCGAGGAAAUAGAAAUAGCUAUCCACACAGAUUCGAGGCAUGCGGAUCGAGUUCGAUCAGCUUACUCGAGCAAGGAAAAGGUAGAAUUUAAGAGGAUUGAUUUUAUUGGUAGCCGUAGGAGUUUUGAAAUGUUGAAACGUGUAUCGGGCGAUAAUAAUAGCAACCUUUACGAGUUGUUAAUUCGAGCGUGAUUUAUGGUAAAUGCUCAAGAGAGAAUGUUUUGUUUGUAUAUCAACAUAUAUACAGUGUCAAAUGUAUAGUAAAAGAUUUCUUGUGACUGGAUUUCGAGAUUUUGGCUUUUAUUAUAUACUUUUCGUGUUCC